ACACAUACACAUAUACACAUUCAUGGCGCUCAAACUGUAUGGAGCCCCAAUGUCUACCUGCACCGCGAGGGUGAUGACUUGUCUACAUGAAAAGUCUGUGGAUUUCGAGCUGGUCCCCGUUAAUCUUUUUGCGGCUGAGCACAAGCAACCUCCUUUUCUUGCCAAGAAUCCCUUUGGUCAGAUUCCAGCUCUAGAAGACAACGAUCUCACUUUAUUUGAGUCUAGAGCAAUCACAUCAUAUGUGGCUGAAAAAUUCAAGGAAACGGGCACUGAUCUUUUGAGGCAGAAAGACCUGAAAGAAGCGGCAUUGGUAAAGGUGUGGCUGGAAGUUGAAUCCCAGCAAUAUCACCCACCAAUCUCUUCAAUUGUGUAUCAGUUCUUUGUGGUGCCUAUGCAAGGCAAAACGCCGGAUCAAGCCAUCAUCGAUGCAAACUUAGUGAAGCUAGGGCAAGUGCUCGAUGUGUAUGAGACUAAGCUCAGUGGCACCAAGUAUCUUGCUGGAGACUUCUAUAGCUUGGCUGAUUUGCACCAUCUUUCUUACACGUACUAUUUCAUGAAGACUCCUUUUGCUUCGGUUAUAAAUGAACGUCCCCAUGUGAAGGCUUGGUGGGAGGAUAUUUCUUCUAGGCCAGCUUUCAAGAAAGUGGCCGAGGGUAUGAAGUUCGGCCGUGAUUGAAAAUUGUUGGGCUGCUCAUCUUCUAGCUACUCUAGUCUGUUUCAAAAACUUUUGGCAAUUUGUGAUAGUUUAUUUGUUGUUAAUUACCUUUAAUGUAAUGGAAUAAACUAAACAUUUUG